AACUAAAAAAUAAUAUUUUAAUACUAAAAUACAAUUGAAAAAGUGAAAAAAAAAAAAAUCACAAAUUUUCUUUAGCUAAAAUCCCAAGAUUUUCUAACUAAACAGACACAAGAUUUAUCAUAUCAAAAUCUAGACAGAUCUGUCCUAUUUUUUCUGCUUUACCCAUUUUUAUUUCCUAAAAAAGAAACUCUCUUUCCAUACAUACCAUCUUCAAGAUCCAUUUUUUUCUUCAUAAAGAUUAAAUUUUUAUUCAAGAUCCAAAAUUUGAGGGAUUUGAAGAAAUGAAGGAAUUGAAUACAACAACAGAUCCAAUUGGGCAAAACUUGAUAAAGUUUAUAAGCAAUGUAUGUUUCUCAGUUUUUGUAUUCUCUGUACUUAUAAUUACGGUAAUUGCUAUUACGUACCAACCUCCUGAUCCGUGGGAAUCUUCUAGAGCCCUAACUAAGGUUUUUACCCAAGUCGAAAACGCCACAUUCAAAGUUGAUAAUUCUGUCUUGAAAACUGGUGAGGAUGUUGCUAGUAGUCCCGUUGAAGCUCCUGGUGGAGCUUUUGCUUUGGUUCCGAUUACUGAAGCUGUUAUCGAGAAAUCCGAAGGGAAACUGUCCAAUGAGACUAUGAAAUCAGGAUGUGAGGAAAUGAAUGUAGUGAAUUGUUCGGAUCCUCGGGUUUUGAUCACGAUCGAGAGGUUUAAUUUGAAGGCCUUUAAGUCCAUUGCGUUCUUGGACUAUAGGACGCCUGCUAACGGGUCGAAGCCGAAUGAAUGUGAUGUGGCGUGGAGGUUCCGAAACAAGAAAGAGAGAUCUUGGAGAAAGUACAGGGAUUUCCGGAGGUUUAAGAUUGGUUUUACCGAUGAUUGUAGUUAUAAAGUGGUUCACGCAGGUCGCUGGCAUUCAGGAGUAAAUGCCCGUCGUCCGAGAUUUAAUUCCACUAGAGCUAGUACAAGAGCCAAAAUUGCUCCGCCAGUUAUAGAUGAGGAGAUCAAUGAUACCAUUCCGAUCUUGGGAUCGGAUUCGGAUUUCAAGAAUGGGAGGUACUUGUACUAUUCACGGGGUGGUGAUUACUGUAAAGGAAUGAACCAGUACAUGUGGAGUUUUCUGUGUGCUUUGGGUGAAGCUCAGUACUUGAAUCGCACAUUCGUGAUGGAUUUGAGUAUCUGCUUGGCAUCUUCACACACUCGUAGUCACAAGGAUGAGGAAGGGAAAGACUUUAGGUUCUAUUUUGAUUUCGAACAUUUGAAGGAGACUGCAUCCAUUGUCGAGGAAGGAGACUUCCUUAAAGAUUGGAGGAAAUGGAAUAGGGCGCAUAAGAAGAAAAUCUCCGUAAGAAAGGUUAAGGACUACAAAGUGUCCCCCGGCCAACUCUUGAAGGAUAAGAGCACAAUUAUAUGGAGGCAAUUCGACGCCCCUGAACCAGAAAACUAUUGGUAUCGCGUCUGUGAAGGGCCUUCUGCCAAAUACAUCCAGAGACCGUGGCACACAGUGUGGAAAUCAAAGCGACUUAUGAAUAUAGUAACUGCGAUCAGCGGAAACAUGGACUGGGAUUUCGAUGCUGUUCAUGUUGUUCGUGGAGAGAAAGCACAGAAUAAGGCGUUAUGGCCUCAUCUGGAUGCUGAUACAUCCCCCGAUUCCCUUGUCGCGAAGCUUCAAGGAAUUAUCACGCCUUGGAGGAACCUGUAUAUCGCUACAAACGAGCCGUUCUACAACUAUUUUGAUAAGCUUAGAUCUCACUACAAGGUGCAUUUGCUUGAUGAUUAUAGCUACUUAUGGAGUAAUACAAGUGAAUGGUAUAAUGAAACAACACAACUUAACGGUGGCUCUCCAGUUGAAUUCGACGGGUAUAUGAGAGUUGAAGUUGACACGGAGGUCCUUUAUCGAGCAAAAUCAAGAGUCGAGACAUUUUACAACUUAACAAAAGAUUGCAAGGAUGGAAUUAAUACAUGCUAGACAGGAAGGUGAUAUGUUUUACUUCUCUGUAUACGCCAUUACACUUGUUUCUGCUGUUUCUAAAUUUGUUUAGUUCUUUAUGUACUGGAGGUUUGAGAUAUAUCACGCAUUGUUACUGUUUUGUUCAUAAGUACAUCGAUUGAACAUC